GAAACCUAGAAAUGGGUAACAACGAAAUGAAAUUGCCAUUAUUAACAAGAUUGAAGGUGUUGAUAAUGGAGGUGAUCAUAUAUGUUUCCACGCGCUCCGAUGGCACUCUCAACCGACGUCUCUUCAACCUCCUAAAUCCCAUAACAUCUGCACCUGCCACCAACCACAUAAACACUAUCCAAAUCUCCACUUCCGAUGUUACAAUCGAGCCCUCCCGCAACCUGUGGUUCCGCCUCUUCAUCCCCACCACGCCCAACUCCGCCUCGCUGCCCCUCAUUGUGUAUUUCCACGGCGGCGGAUUCACCAUGUACGGCCCCGACUCCAAGAUUAUCGAUCAUCUCUGCAGCCAUGUAGCUGCGCGGGUGCCUGCAGUUGUCGCGUCUGUCAACUACCGCCUCGCCCCCGAGCACAAGCACCCUGCCCAAUACGAGGAUGGCUUUGACGCCCUCAAAUUCAUCGAUGCACGACACUACGACGUUUUACCCGCCAAUACGGACCUCGCUAAAUGUUUCAUUGGAGGGGACAGUGCAGGUGCCAACAUAGCUCACCAUGUGACAGUUAGAGCAGUUGAGCAAGCUCAGCAGUUUGGUAAAAUAAGGAUCGUCGGCAUGCUGGGGCUGCAGCCCUUUUUCGGAGGCGAGCAACGGACGGAGUCGGAGCUGAGGCUGAGAAAGGCGCCGCUGCUUAGCACGGAGAUGACGGACGCGUUUUGGAGGGAGUUUCUACCGGAGGGUGCGGACAGAGACCACCCCGCGGCCAACGUGUUUGGUGGAGGAGCGACGCUCCAGAAUCUUGAUUUUCCGACUAGUUUGGUGGUGGUGGGAGGUAAUGAUCCGUUGCAGGAUUGGGACAGAAGAUAUGUGGAGUGGUUGAGGGAUUGCGGGAAACGAGUUGUUGUGGUGGAGUAUCCCAAUGCGUUUCAUGGCUUCUAUGCAUUUCCAGAACUGCCUGACUUUGCUUUGUUGAUUCAUGAUGUGGCAAAUUUUGUCCAAGAACAACUCAACUCCAAUUGAAUUUCAUCAACACAGACAUGUAAGGGAAUAUUAUAUGCAUG